AUGGCCUCAUCAACAAUUCUUUCAAGAAAAAUCAUUAAACCUUCUCCCCCCACCCCUUCUUCACAUAGACAUUACAAUCUCUCUUUUAGAGAUCAAACAGCUAAUACUCUAUAUUUACCAAUUGCUGCCUUGUACUCUAAACCUGAAAAUCACACCAUAACUCAAAUAUCCAAUAUUCUUGAAAAUUCCCUUUCAAAAAUAUUAUUCUUUUAUUAUCCCUUCGCGGGACAAAUCAAGGAUAAUAAGUAUGUUGAUUGCAAUGAUACAGGUGCUGAGUAUUUUCAUGUCAAAGUCAAUUGUCAAAUGUCUGAAAUACUUAGCAAUCCUUAUAAUGAUGCUAUUGAGAUAGUGUUCCCACAAAAUAUGGCUUGGAGUGAUUCCUUGUCAAAAGAAAGAAGUAGCCUUGUAGUGGUCCAAUUGAGUCAUUUUGAUUGUGGUGGAGUGGGAGUUAGCUUAUGUGUAUCCCACAAGAUUGCUGAUGGGUACAGCGCGUUUAAGUUCCUUGGUGAUUGGAUUUCUAUGGCUAGAGACGAUCAUAAAUUAAAUUUCCAACCAUCUCCUCAGUUUGAUGGAGCUUUGUUCCUUCCACCAAUAGAUAAUCCUCCACCUAUGCCUAAUGUUGUGCCUGACCCACAACGAUGUGUGUCAAGAAUGUACAAUUUGUCAUCAUCGAGCUUGUCUAAACUCAAGGAUAUUAUUGUUUCAACAAAUUCACAAAUACAAAAUCCAUCUCGCAUUGAAGUUGCCACAGCACUUAUUCAUAAGUGUGGGGUUGAUGUGUCAAUGGCAAAAUCAGGCGUGUUUAGACCAACUAUGUUAUACCAGGUAAUGAAUUUACGCCCCCUUAUUCCACUCAACACAAUGGGAAAUGCUACUUGUCUCUUUAGCACAAUAGCAAUGACAAAAGAUAACGUAACAUUAUCAAACUAUGUUGGUGAGUUACAAAAGGCUAAACAACAACUUCGACAUGAAUUGAAACAUAUGGACACAAAUGAACUAGCCUCACAUGCAAUUGAAAAACUUAAAGAGAUUGUAAAGAUAGCAAAUGAGGAUGUAUUUGACAUAUAUUUUUGUACAAGUUUGUGCACUUUUGGGUCACAUAAGAUUGAUUUUGGAUGGGGUAGCCCCCUAAGAGUGACUCAAGUGAAACAUCCAACUAAAAAUAAAUUUAUGUUACUGGAUGAUCCAAGUGGAGAAGGGAUAAAUGUACUAAUCACUUUGACUGAGGCUGAUAUGUUACUAUUUCAAAAUAACAAAGAGCUUCUAGAGUUUGCUUCUCCAGUUGUUGAAUCGUCUUUGUUAGGGAGCACUUUACCUCUCAACGUGGGACUUUCUGACGUGAAAUAAAAAUUAUAGUCGGGUUCUAAUAUGAGUACCGAACACCGGAUGAGAAAUUAAAAAAAUAAGAGCUGUCUCAUGACCAAGCCAUAAUGUGUAUUUGUUUAUUUUUUUAUUUCAUUUUAUUUAUUUUGAGAACAUAUUAUAAUUGUCAAGUUGCAUUUGUAAAACACUCUUAUGAUAUAAAAUAAAAAA